AUGCGCGACGAAGUAGAUGGCUAUGUGGAUCCGGAGCAUGACAACAUAUUCUACGAGGAAAAAUAUCUAAGGGCAGAUGCAUUACUUUCGGCGAUGUUUAUGAAGCUGCCAACAACAACCAGGUCGGAUACAACAACAUUACGGAAGAUGUCAGACGGCGCAAAUGAAAUAGUGCGUGGUCUGGAUGCCAUAGAGGAAACAGGACGAGAUUGUUGGAUCAUCUACUUGACGCUGGAGAAGCUGGAUGCAGAUACUCGACGCAGGUGGAUCGAGCGCAGUGUGGAGACAGACUCACCCACACUGGAGGAAUUCUUCAAAUUUUUGGAUGCACGUUGCGAGGAACUAGAGCUCAGCAAGCGUGAAACAAUCGGAGGCAAGACUACAGCCUCAAUCGGUGACAAGACAAGGAAGGUCACACAUUCGCUGGUUGUACUUAAAGGAAAGAAGUGCAGCAAAUGUCAUUCUACAGAGCAUCGUCUGUAUGGAUGCAAACAAUUCUUGGAUAUGUCAGCAGGACAGAGGGUUUCGUUUGCCAAGGACAAAGCUCUAUGCUACAAUUGUCUAAAACCUGGUCAUGGGGUCAGGAAAUGCAAAUCGACGUUCAAGUGCAGACAAUGUAAAGGUCAGCAUCACUCACUGUUGCACCUGCAACGCACGCAACAGGCUAUUGGAACAAUCACUCAAACUGGUGAGGAUCAGGAGGAUCCUAGCGCACACAUCUCAACGGUGACUACGAGUCACAUCGCACAAGCAGAAGGUUCUGCAGCAAUUGUAUGUGCACAAGGCAGUGCAAAUACACAACAAUCAACUGGAUGGAACAGGAGCACCUUGCCUACGGCCAUGGUCAACGUUCGCAACGCAAAUGGAGAUUUGGUAACAUGCCGACUCCUAUUGGACACGGGUUCAGAACUGUCGUACAUAUCUGAACGCUGUAUACAAACACUUAGUUUGGCUCGUACGCCAUCACGCAUACUGAUUACGGGAAUUUCAUCAACCAAAGCAGACACUACAAGGGGAUGCAGCACUAUAAGCAUCCAAUCCCGUAUUUCACAAGAUCAGCUGGUAGUCCAGCCUCAUGUGCUUGGAAAGAUUACAUCAUCAUUGGAAAGGCAGGCCAUCGACGAGUCUGCACUUCGAGUUUACAACGAUCUGCAAUUGGCAGAUUCGCAAUUUAGCACGAAUGCCCCAAUUGACAUUCUUUUGGGCAGCGAACACGUUUGGAGUGUUAUAACUGGGAGAAAGAUCUACGACGACAAAGGAAAGCUCAUUGCUAUAUCAUAA